AUGUCCGCACCCUCCUCACAAACAGCUCCCCUGGAACCAACCCUCUACGCAAUCCUCCCUCCCGCCCUCCACCGUCCCAUCCUCGCACACCUUUCUUUGCAGGCCAUCCACGCCGAAGCAUACCACAUCGUCGACCGGAUGUACACCACUGCCAACCCUGUUCUACCGGGUCAGCUACGGAGUUUGAGAUUCCGUUCUCAGCUUGUUGGGGGGCAGGGAGUACAGGGGAAAGGAAAGGGUAAGGAGGUUGAGGGGCAAAGGGAGGAGAGAUGGGUGCAUACGCUGGCGUAUAUUUCGGCACCUUUGAGGGGGGCGGAAUAUUCGGAAGCGGCCGUCAGGGCUCUGCUUGCUAUUGAGGUGCAAGAUGAGAGUACGACAGAAGAGAUAGAACAAUUUAUAGACGUUCUCGGAUUCCGGCAUACGCAUACAUACACCCUCUCAGGACACCUCCUCCACCUCUCAAUCCCAAUCCCGACCUCCACUCCCCUCACCCUUCAUCUAUCCAUAACACGCAUAUCAACUUCCUCCUCCGAAACGGAGGAAUCACCAGCAAAGAACGAGCCAUAUCUGGUACAGCUGCGGCCAUCUCGGCCGGUGCAUGCUAUAGCGCAGCGAGGGGAUUUGUCGUUGAUGGAUAUGGUGGGGGUUAUGAGGGUCAUGGCGGGCAGGGUGGACGGGCUCGAGUGGUCGACGGGGGCAGCGUUUUGA